AUGCAGCUCCCGACAAGCCCAGAAAGCGCCUGGAAGGCUGGUCUGGUCCUUCUAGCUAGCGUCGCAGCCUACUCAAUCCUCUAUCAGUUAUCAAGCAAGUUCUUCCGGAACAUAAUAUCCCUUCGCGGCCGCAAAGACUCGACAAUCACACCCGAGAAGAAAAAUGCCACCAGCGACAUAUCGCCCACAAGCUACAACCUCCCCCCACAACGUAGAGAUUCACUUCUUCAGCUGAAAGAAAUCACUUUCCGCUGGCGCGAGAUCGACGAAGCCGAAGUGCGCCAAAAUAUUCUACCCAUGACUGCCGACUUUAUGAAAAGCCCAGGCGAAAUGUACACACCGACUGGAUUCUCGGUAAGCGAAGUGAAAGCUUUGGGAGAUUUCCCUGAUUAUGCGACACUCAGUGGGGUUCCACUUCCUAUUCCUUACCCCGAGCAUGAUAUUGAGAAAGCAAAGGCCAGACCUUAUCGGCCGUUCCGAUGGAAUUAUCAUCAAACCAUGUCCUUGACUAAGCUGGAACCCGACUGGUGGAUCGAACUUGAAAGCACAUACAAAGAUCGCAUCGCGCAGCGCAAAGAAUUGUACGCCAAGUACGGCAAGGCAGUUCUCGAUGCAAGGCCUGGCUCCGAGCUGGCAUGCAAGGAGUUGUUAGAGAUGGUGAUUCAGUUCAUUUGCACCCGUUAUCCGCAGUACUUCACUCUCGUUGAUGGACGAAUACUGCAAAACAGAAUUUUGUCCACGGAGCAAGAUAUCAGGAGCAAACACCCAUUGGAGAUUCUCUUGGAUAACGUUCCUGAAGACUUUGGACUUAUGCUACGAGAUGAAAAGACAGGCUACUAUGUCCUGCGCGCAGCGGUGAUUUGCUCAGCUAUGGGGUGGAAUGUUGCCUCCAAGAUUGACAAGCAACUACAUCAAAUCCAUGUUGAUAUCCCGGAUUACAAAGAGAAAAUGCAAUUUUCAAUGGACCGAUAUUUCGUCAAAAUGCCAACUGAUAAGCCUAUUCAACGAGGUUCAUGGGGUCUGGAAGUGGGGGAGCCGCUGUACAUGCCGCCGGGUGACCCACAUGCGGCUCUUCGGCUAUCGCAGGAUCCUAAUUUGAGUCUCGAUGAUUGCAAUUUGCGUGUGGACUGGCAGACGCUCCGCCGUCUCCCCUUGUCAGCAUCGGUUGUUUUCAAUUUCAAGGCGGUGUUCACGCCAGUAUCCGAGUUUCGUGAUGAACCUGGUGUACCGUCUCUGGUAGCAAAAGUGUUGAAAGAAGGAAAGGAGAACCUGAUGAAGUACAAGGGAGUAUGGCAUGUUCAGCAUGUCGUUCUACCCAAGCUUGAGGAGUGGGCAAAGGAACAGGAGGAGGCAGGUCUUAUUCCGAAGGGCUGGGAGGUUGGGACCCUGGAUGAUAGUCCGUGGUUUAAAGGCUGGGAGGAAAAGUGGCAUCGCCAACAGGGCUUCAAGUGA